CCUUAACUCCUGGGGAUCGAGUGGGUUUUACAAUCUCCUUCUUCCUCCUCGUCGAUUGCUGCAAAAUUUUUUUUUUCCUGGGAUUUCGAACCUCUUGAGUCCCAGUCGACCCUUUGUUCUUGUUCUUCUGAAAAACCCUAAUUCGAUUGAGAAGAAGGUCGUAGCGGAAGAAAGUGACGGAGUGAGCGAUUGGUAUCUGGGAUGCAGCAUAUAAAGAGAUCUGCCGCGUCUGGCAACGUUCGAUGGACUAGUUUGAUGAGACUACGGAAUGGAUUCUCUCCCCUCUCGGAGCCCAAGCGUUCGAGUUCAGUCUCCGAGGUCGGCCUGCCUUCCUUCUCGUCGGCAGUCGCCACGGGCAAUCGCAGCUAUCUUGUGGAAUCUGUUGUUUUUAAGUCAGGUUAUGUGAGAAGUCCACCUAAGGCCGAACCUAUGACUAAGGAGCUACAUGGGGCCAAAGGGAUCAAUGUGCCCGUAAGAGUUUUAUACAAUGGGGAAUGUAUGAGGCUAUCCACAUCACAGCUUCUAUACACAGGAGCCAAUAAAGAUUGUAGAAUCCCUUCCUUAUCCAGAUCCUUUGCUUCUAGAUCUUCAGAGAAAAAGGGAAAGACUGCAUCAGAGACUAAGAAGGAUGUGUCAACAAUUGAAGAUCCCUUUGAUGCUCCUACGUAUAACAUACCUGAAAAACCAGUCACGUUUACAGAGGGGGCUUCAUACAGUCUCAUCAUUCUUGCGGGGCUUGGCAUUGCAGCUGCUGCAGCAUAUGCUGUUUUCAAUGAGCUCAUAUUCCAACCAAAAGAGUACAAGAUAUUCAACAUGGCUCUGAAAAGGAUUCAAGAUGACAGUCAGGUUAGGAUAAGGAUUGGUUCUCCAAUUACUGGAUAUGGUCAAGAGAGUAGAAAUCGAGCUGCACGCCAACGUAUUCCCCACAGGGUCUGGACUGAUGAAGAUGGUGUAGAGCAUAUUGAGGUCAAUUUCUAUAUCCGUGGGCCACAUGGAGCUGGAAAAGUUUUUUGUCGGAUGUUUAAAGACAAAGUGGAGAAGCAGUGGAAGUUCACGAGUUUGAUUGUCCAAAUCAUGUCACCUUCCCCUGCCCAAUUGUUAUUGGAGUCCUAUGUGCCAGCUUAAAUACUGAAGGAAUCAUUUGACUGAGAUGAAAUGGUCUUCUGCCUUAUUUAUUGUGGAGUAGAUGUCUGACCAAGUCAUGUUAAAACUAUUUUUCAGAAUAGUAAAAUUGCUGUUCUUUUUUCCUCUUCUCAUUUUCAUAUUUUGAUAUCAUGAGCAAGAGGCCCGAGGGGAGUUUUGUAGCAUCUCCACAUUUUUUUAGCCUGGAGCGGUUUUUGGUUCUCUGUUAUAAUUUUCUUUUUCCAAUUUCGACCUGACCAGGAAACUCUUUUCAAUUUCUUCGUAAUGAAUGUGGUUCUUCUGCUGAUUCAAUGAGCAUAGUGUAGAUGCUUCUACAAUGCGGUCAUGGAGGUUUUAUUUACUAUUUCAUGCAAAUCAACUAAUAUAAGUCCUUGAGUUUUUUGGCAUAUUUGUCUCGGUUCUGGUUCAUCAAGAUACGGCAUACAAUCCU